GACCUCUGGGAUUUGUGGUCCCGGAGGAGGGAUUGGCGGAUGAGAAAGACUGAGAGUCUUUCCUUUGCUCGCUCUUAGUGGACUGUUGCCCCAGGUGUCGGCCAAAUCCGUAUCUUGGAAACCAGGCAUCAAAGGCAGGCAGAAUGGCUUCUUUUGGGUGGAAGAGGAAGAUUGGUGAGAAGGUCUCAAAGGUCACUUCCCAGCAGUUCGAAGCUGAAGCUGCUGAUGAGAAGGAUAUGGCUGAGAAUGAUGAAGGUAACUGGCUUCAUGCCAUUAAACGUAGGAAAGAAAUUCUCCUUGAAGGCUCUGCUGAGAAAAGUAAACAGCUGAAGGAUGAAGGAGCCAAUUUGGCUGAAAAUAAAAGAUACCGGGAAGCAAUUCAGAAGUGGGAUGAAGCAUUACAGUUAACCCCAAAUGAUGCUACCCUGUAUGAGAUGAAAUCACAGGUCCUAAUGUCUCUUCAUGAAAUGUUCCCAGCAGUACAUGCAGCCGAAAUGGCUGUUCAGCGAAAUCCACAUUCAUGGGAGUCUUGGCAAACUUUGGGACGUGCUCAGCUUGGAUUGGGAGAGAUAAUCCUGGCUAUUAGAAGUUUUCAAGUGGCUCUUCACAUCUAUCCAAUGAACCCCGAAAUAUGGAAAGAAGACCUCUCUUGGGCAAGAACGCUCCAGGAACAGCAGAAAGUAGCACAGAAGAUUAAAAAAAGUGAAGCACCAGCUGAAGUAGCACAUUUUUCACCAAAGUCGAUUCCAGACUAUGACUUUGAAAGUGAUGAGAUUGUUGCUGUUUGUGCUGCUAUUGCUGAAAAACAGAAGACAGUUUCUGCAAAUAAAACAAUGGUCAUUGUGUCUGCUUCUGGGACUGUAGAGACCGUAACUGAGAAGGAAGAUGGCGCUACACCACCAGAUGGCUCUGUUUUUAUCAAAGCCCGAUGAAGCAGUGUGCGUAAUGGAGGAAUUAUUUGAAUCUUUUUGAUUGCCACUUAAAGUUUAGAUAUAGGGACAUUUCCUGUGGAGAUAGAGGGCAAAACUCCUGUUUGUAAAAAUAAGUUUAUCAGAUGGGGCAUACAAAAACUAAAUGGUAGAAUUAUAUAGCGUUUGGACUAUGUCUUGAUAAGUUAUGAUUUAUACUUAUUAAGAUUAGAAUUCUGAGUAAACUUGCUUUUGAUUAAUAAACUUAACAUAAUCUGAAUAUAUAAGUGAAUAUGUUUUAAAAGCAACUUGAAAAGUAUAUUCUUAAAUAGUGGAUAACUUGAUGGCUAAUGUUAUUAAAAUGUUGGCUCAACUUUUAUGGUAAAGGAAGUGUGUGAUUUCCUUCCUUCCUAGAAAUAUACUGUUGUUACUAUUCAUUCUUUCAUUUUUCUUGCUUCAUUAGAGUAAAUCUGUCACAAAGCUUGAAUAUUUUCGACAUUUCAUUUUGAUUCAAAGGUGUCAUUUGGUUACAUGUGAAAUCUUUGAAAGUUUGGCUGAAAAUGCAUGCAAAUGUGUACCUUCUGAACAUUUUCUGAAGUUUCUCUUAAUUCUGAUUUGUGUUUCUAUUUUGACUUUAAAGUUAUGACAAUGAUAGUUUUCUCUUUCAGUGUUUGUUAGAUGUGUGAAGUAUGCAGAAUGAUUUUUUUAAAUUGUUACAGUAGGUAGAAUAGUCCUUACCGUAAGUGAGUCAUUUUUAACAUGUGCAUUUUUAAAAUGAAUGGCUUUUACAGAUAGGCCAUGAUAAAUUGUACUGCUGUAUCAUCCCAGUCAAAAGCAGUAUUUUCCUUCCUUUAAUUUUAAAAGCUUAAAAAACCCUAAGACAACUUGUUUCUUGCUUGUAACUUUUUCCAGGUAAUGAUUUAGAAUUGCUUUUCUAGAUAACUUUUUUGGAAAUAGUGAAAUGAAAAAUAAUUACAGUUUUAAAUAGCUAAAUGAUAUCUUUCUAAAAAUAAAAAAGUAAGGAUGUUAUUAAAAGUGUCAAUGAGUAACUGAAACACAAAAUACAUAGAAACUGGAAUGUGAUUUAUAGUACAAUCCUGUGUUUAUGAGAAGGCUAUGUUAAAUAUUUUGUUGAAAAGCCACAAUCACAUUCACAAAUCAAUACAGUUGUUGCUGAUUUAUUUUUAUAACUAUAUAUUGUAGUACAGUUAUAAAGAACUGUGGAUACUGUAAUUUCUGACACUCAGGAAGAUAUUAUUGGUGGAAAAUUAAUUUUAUCUUUGUUAGGGAUGAAAGUAGGCUACUUUAUGUUAAGGAUGUUACCUAACACGGUUGGAGCAUGUAAGUAAUGGUCUACAUUUUUAUGAGGAUGAGUUUUCAAAAUUUCAUUCUAUUGCAAUGCUUAUCUCUUUCUUUUCAGAGUUGGAGAAAUCAGCACUUGCCUUGACAAGUAUAUUUUUACCCUAAAUUAUAUCAUCAGAAAGUUAGCUCUGGUUAAAGAAAGGUCAGUUUCAGAGUGAUCCAAAAAAACAAAUAUUAAUUAUUUUAUUUUGUUUAAUAAGGAAAAUGCUCAAAAGGUAGAUAAUUAUCUAGAGAAGUGGAUACUCAACAUUUGAUACGUUGUUUUGAGUAAUGGAUGGUUGUUUAUUGUGUAAUUUGUGAAUAAAUAGUUUUUUCUGCA